AUUUUGUGUUUCAAAUCUGAAAAUGUUUUGUCCAUACGGGAAUAUAGUAAAGAAGAUAUCUUAAAAUUAAGAGAAGAAGUAAGAGAAAUGUUUCAACAUGCCUACGACAGUUACCUACGCUAUGCAUACCCUUACGAUGAGUUGCGCCCUCUGAGUUGUGAUGGAGUUGAUACUUGGGGCAGUUAUUCGCUGACACUUGUAGAUGCUCUGGACAUGCUAGUAAUUAUGGGAAACUAUACGGAGUUUAAUAGAGUAGUGGAUGUAGUUCUUGAGAAACAAAACUUUGAUUCAGAUAUAAAUGUCUCAGUGUUCGAAACCAAUAUUAGAAUUAUUGGUGGGCUACUUAGUGCACAUCUUUUAUCAUAUAAGUCAGGAAUGAAGUUAGAACCUGGUUGGCCAUGUAAUGGCCCCCUCCUACGUCUUGCAGAAGAUGUAGCUCAGAGACUAAUUGCUGCUUUUGAUACAACCACUGGAAUGCCCUAUGGCACUAUUAACCUGAGAAAGGGCGUGCCACCAGGAGAAACAAGCAUAACUUGCACAGCUGGUGUGGGCACAUUUAUUAUUGAAUUUAGUACUUUAAGCAGGCUUACUGGAGAUCCCUUAUAUGAAGAGGUUGCACUUAAUGCAUUAAAGGCAUUAUAUCAUCACAAAUCACCCAUAGGUCUAGUCGGUAACCAUAUUGAUGUCAUGACUGGAAGAUGGACGGCCCAAGACUCUGGUAUUGGAGGCGGAGUUGAUUCUUAUUUUGAAUAUCUAGUAAAAGGGGCGAUACUGCUAGAGCGGCCCGAGUUGAUGUCAAUGUUCAACGAAGCCCGCCGUGCAAUCGACAAGUACCUCAAGAAAGACGACUGGUAUGUUUGGGCGACCAUGUUGAGAGGACACGUCACGCUGCCUGUGUUUCAGUCACUGGACUCCUACUGGCCCGGCUUACUCAGUCUAAUAGGUGAAAGUGAUACUGCACUGCGAAUAAUACACAAUUACCACAGUGUUUGGAAGCAAUAUGGAUUUACACCAGAAGUAUACAACCUCGGUACAGGAGAGGCCUCAUCAGCAAGGGAAAGCUAUCCUUUGAGACCGGAGCUGAUUGAGUCUAUCAUGUACUUAUAUAGAGAGACAAGAGAUCCUAUACUGUUACAAAUGGGAGAGGAUAUACUCCGGAGCAUACAGCACAGUGCAAGAACACCUUGUGGAUAUGCUACGAUAAAAGACGUCCGUGACCACCGAAAGGAAGAUCGAAUGGAAUCAUUCUUUCUCGCUGAAACUACCAAAUACUUAUACUUAUUGUUUGACCCUGACAACUUCAUACACAACCCGGGGGUCCACGGAACAGUUAUAAACACACCUAAUGGAGAAUGUAUCGUUGACAUGGGAGGAUAUGUGUUUAACACUGAGGCUCAUCCCAUCGAUCCACUAAUGUUACAUUGUUGCCACGAAGCAAGUCAAGGUAUAAACAUAAGCGAAGUACACAGAAUAUCACAAAUAUUGGACGAGGAAGAUAAUAUAAAGUUUAUGACAAUGAUAGACGCCUCUAUGAACAGAAAUGUUACCAAUACAACUGAGACUACAACACAAUCUGAAUCAGUAGCAAAUGAUACAGUCGAAACUACUAAUACAACAACAGCCGAAACUACUAAUACAACAACAGCCGAAAAAAAAGGCGAACAGAAUCAAGAGUUGAUCAAAACUGAAACGCGAACAGGAUACGUUAACAUUGACGGUACAGAGAGAGAGAAAAAUAAAAAUGAAAGUCUAGGCGAUAUCUUGAAAGAACAUAUAAAUAAUUACUACAACAGUACGAAGAUAAACGAGAGCGAAGUGAAGCCAAUUCCAGAGCCCGAUGUUAAAGCGGAUUCUAAAGUAGAAGUCGACGAUAUAAUCGUACCGAAAAUAGAAACUGUGAAGUUACAACCGCCGAGUAGUACGAGAGCGAAGGAAGUAUUAAAGUUAUUGCCGAAAGUUAUUCAAGACUACAUCAAUAACGACUACAAACCGAAGGCGACUUGCGAUCCGCAACGCAUGUUGGAGAGGAUACGAAAUGAAAAGCGAUAUCCGGAACAUCCGGAUAUCAAUAAUUAUAGUUUACUUCUGACAUCGGCCCCAACCUUUAUGCAGAGGGUGUGUAUCGCCGGCGAAUUUUUGAACAGAAAACAUAUUGAAUUGUGACAUUUCAUGAAUUUGAUUUUAUCUUUAAUGUAUUGCCUAGAAUGUGUUAUUCUACUUAGUCGUUACACAUUUCUGUAGCAUAAAAUGCUAGGCUUCAAUUUAGAUAUCAACUAUAAUAUAAAUUAAUAAAAGAAAUAAGGCUAAA